AUGGCGUCGACGAGUGCGCCGACUGCCACGCCGCCGACUGCCACGCCGACCACGGCAGGGCCAACCACUGCCUCGCCGCCCGAGGCCACACCGCCAAAGACCAUCGUCAUCAAGCUCGGCACCUCGUCGAUCCUCUCCGAGCACACGCACCAGCCCAAGCUCUCGAUCCUCUCGUCGCUCGUCGAGACAUGCCAUGCGCUGCGCACCGCCGGCCACCGCGUCGUGCUCGUCUGCUCGGGCGCCAUCGGCAUGGGCCGCGUGCGCAUGGGCAUGAUGGCGCCUUCCUCGUCAGCAGCAGCAGCAGGAUCGAGUGCGUCCAAGGCGCCCGAACUGGGCGAGCGGCAGGCGCUGGCCGCCCUUGGGCAGCUGCGCCUCAUCGCGCUCUGGGACAGCCUCUUUGGCCAGCUGGGCAUCAGCGUCGCCCAGGUGCUGCUGACGCGCAACGACAUUGCCGACCGGCCGCGGUACCUGAAUGCGCGCACGACGCUCCACACACUCCUCUCGCCGCGCUUCGAUGCGAUCCCCAUCGUGAAUGAAAACGACACCGUGUCCGUCUCGGAGCUUCGCUUCGGCGACAACGACACCCUCUCGGCCAUCACGGCCGGCCUCGUCGAGGCCGACUAUCUCUUUCUGCUCACCGACGUCGACGGCCUGUACACGGGCAACCCGCGGCGGGAGCCAGGCGCACGCCGGCUCGGUGUCGUGCGCAGCGUCGCCGAGGCUCGCCGUGCCGUCGAGGUGCAGACGAUGGGCAGCCGCUUCGGCACCGGCGGCAUGCAGACGAAGCUCAUUGCCGCUGACCUGGCCACGGCCGCGGGCGUCGCCACCGUCAUCAUCAACGGCUCUCACCCCGAGAACAUCAUCCGCGUCGUCGCCGCUUCCCUUCCGGGCUCGGGUACAGGCCAGGGACAGAGCAUGAACAAGGGCCAAGAGAGUGACACAGGAGCAGCGACAGGAUCCGCACACGAAGACCUGGCCUCGUCGACGUCGAGCCUGCAGCAGAUCAGCAAGGACGACAUUGGCCACCCGGCGCUCGAGGACCCGCCGCACACGCUGUUCCUGCCCACGCCUGAGCCCCUCACCGCGCGCAAGUGGUCCAUCCUCCACGCCCUGCACCCCGCCGGCACGCUCAUCAUCGACGAGGGCGCCUACUCGCGCAUCCGGACGCGCGACAGCGGCGGCCGCCUCCUCCCCGCCGGCGUCGUCGGCGUCGAGGGCACGCGUCGGCCAACGGCAGCGACGACGAGCAGCACCAGCUCGCUGCGGCGGGCGCUGUAG